GGUUCAAAUAGUCUACAUUUUAUUUUUUAAUAAGGCUUCAUCCAGUUUUCACUUACUGAAGUCUUACAGAAGAUGUUCUGUGUUACUUGAGUUUAAACGCACCACAGAGUGUGUUUACCUUUUUCUUUAGGAAAAGUAUUCCGGAAACGAAACCCUGACUAAUAGGAAGUGAUUAUUUGUGAACCAGAAGCUUGAUGUCACCAAGGCCUGGGCGGAUUGGCUUCAGGAUGCAAGAGUAGUGUGUGGAGAAGUGAGCCCAGUGAGAUCUAGACGAAGAACCUGUAAAGUGAGGCCCCCUGCAAUAGGAAGAGUAAGAGUCUGAGAGGUUUUUUAGUAGAAGUCUUGGGGAGCAUUUUUAUUGGUGAAAAAAAUGACUACUCUUGAAAGUUUAGAAACCAAAGUCAUCCUUACUUCAUCCCCAAUUCGAGGAGCGGGAGAUGGAAUGGAAACUGAGGAGCCACCUAAAUCUAUUGAAGUUACUCCUGGAAUCCUACCUAUAAAGCAUCACAUCCUUCCAAGUCCACGAAAGAAAGCAGUUCCAUCAGAGAGCCCAGGCGUUCUUCAGCUAGGGAAGAUUCUCGCUGAAAAAGCAGUGGAAGUCGAAGCUGUAAGAAUAUUAGUUCCCAAAGCCGCUAUAACCCAUGAUAUACCCAACAAAAAUGCAAAGGUUAAGUCUCUGGGACAUCAUAAAGGAGAAUUCCUUGGCCAGCCAGAGGGAGUUGAAGAACCCAGAAAGGAACUAUCUGAGGUAAAGAAUAUAUUGGAAAAGCUCAAGAACUCUGAAAGGAGGUUACUACAGGACAAAGAAGGUCUUUCAAACCAGCUCAGAGUACAGUCAGAGGUCAAUCGUGAGUUGAAAAAGCUGCUGGUGGCUUCUGUUGGGGAUGAUCUUCAAUAUCACUUUGAACGUCUAGCCCGUGAGAAAAAUCAGCUUAUUUUAGAAAACGAAGCCCUAGGUCGAAACAUAGCUCAGCUUUCCGAACAGUUAGAACGGAUGUCGAUACAGUGUGAUGUGUGGCGAAGUAAAUUCCUUGCAAGCAGGGUUAUGGCAGAUGAGUUAACCAACUCCAGAGCAGUUUUACAGCGUCAAAACCGUGAUGCACAGAGUGCUAUACAAGAUCUCCUGAGUGAACGGGAACAGUUUCGUCAGGAUAUGAUAGCUACGCAGAAGUUGUUGGAGGAGCUCUUGGUCUCCUUGCAGUGGGGAAGAGAGCAAACUUACUACCCUAACGCGCAACCUCACAGCACAGCAGAACUAGCAUUAACAAAUCACAAGUUGGCAAAAGCAGUAAAUUCUCAUCUUCUGGGAAAUGUUGGCACUAAUGGUCAAAAAAAGUUUCCAUCAACAGUUGAAUUCUGCAGCACCCCAGCAGAAAAAAUGGCUGAAACGGUUCUACGCAUUUUGGAUCCAGUAACUUGUACAGAGAGCUCACCUGAUAAUCCAUUUUCUGAGUCUUCACCAACCACCUUACUUGCUACAAAGAAAAAUAUUGGACGAUUUCAUCCCUAUACAAGAUAUGAAAAUAUAACUUUCAAUUGCUGCAAUCACUGCCAGGGAGAACUUAUUGCCCUUUAACAGUCAGUAUGUUGGAGGCACACUAUAGAGUCAUUAUUAUUUGGCAGCUGGGGUUCUUUUAAUCCUAGAAGUAUUAUCACUUUCUAUUUAAAUAAUAUAUAUCACCAAAGAUGUUUCAUGUACUGGACUCCGGAUUACCCUUUCUUAAUAAAUAUCUCAGGGUAA